AUGGCUUCGAAUAAAGAAGCAUUAGCUCUUGUGGUAGAUAUUGGUGUGGGUAUGUCUCAAACAGCACCUGGAUUCGAUUCCCCUUUACAAAUAACAAGUGAUAUUCUUCAAAUGAUUGUUCAAAGAAAAAUGUUUCAACAGAGUAAAGAUGAAUUAGCAUUGAUAUUAUAUGGCGGUGAUGAAACAAAUAAUGAUUUAGCUGAUGAAAAUAAUUAUCAAAAUAUUAGUGUCGUCUUUUCGUUAUCACCUGCAAAUUGGCAUUUAUUUGAAGAAAUACAAAAAAUAAAACCAGGCAAUAAUCCAGCUGAUUUGAUUGAUGCAAUUGUUGUUGCUGCUGAUCAUCUUCGUCGUGAGACAGAAGGAAAACGUGGUUAUGUUGCUAAACGUGUUUUAUUAUUUACAAAUGCUGCCACACCAUUUAAUGAUCAUAGUCUUAAAGUUAUUCUUGAUUCACUUCGACUUCAAGAUAUUACUGUUGAUGCUAUUGGACCUUCAUGGGGUCAAGAAGAAGAAGAUGGAGAUGAAAAUGAUCGACCAGAUUCACCUACGCAAACAAAUGGACAUAAUGAAGAUUCAGCAAGUGCACGUCCAACAACAAAUGGUCAUCAUCAUCAUAGAAAUCAAAAAAAACCAUUAACACCUCAACAAAAGACUGGUAUUCGUAUUAUUAAUGAUAUUGUUAAUACAACAGAAGGAAGUUUAUUUACAUUUCGCGAAGCAUUAGGUAUGCUUAGUAUUCAUCAAUCAAAAACUGUUAAACCAACAGCAACAAAAUAUAUUAUGCAAUUAGCGGAUAUUAAAUUACAUAUUUGUACAUAUAUACAAGUGAAAGAUAAUAAACCAGGAAUAUUUCGUUUAAAAAAAGUUUAUGCACGUGAUCCAAAAUCAGAAAUUAAAGUUGAUCGUGGUCGUUAUACAAAAGAUGAACAUGAUGAAGAAAUUGAAAAAGAAGAAUUAACAGAUGGUUUUCGUUAUGGUACAACAUUUGUACCAAUUAAUAAAGAAACAUUAGAUGAUAUGAAAUAUCAAAGUGAAAAAUGUUUUUCAGUUAUUGGAUUUUCCGAUGCUAAUAUGAUGCGACGUAGUCUUUAUUUAGGUGAUACAGUUUAUGAAGUAAUUGCCGAGCCAACUUAUGAAGAAGAAGCUCAAACAUUUACUGGUCUUGUUCAAGCGAUGUAUGAUACAAAUACAGUUGCUAUUGUACGUAAAUGUUUUAGUGAAAGAAGUUCACCAGAACUUGGAUUUUUACGUCCACAUAUUGCUCAUGAUCAUAUUUGUAUGUAUUAUGUUAAAUUACCAUUUGCUGAAGAUUUACGUGAAUUUAAUUUCGAUAAUCUUGAUGUUAUCAAACGUAAUCUACCAAGUGCUGAACAAUUGAAAACAGUUGAUAAUUUAAUAACAACUAUGGAUUUAUCACAUGCUGAUCGAGGACGUGAAGAAGCAUUUCAACCAGAACUUAUAUCUGAUCCAUAUAUUCAGCGAAUGUUUCAAUCUAUAGCUCAACGUGCUGUAACACCUGAUGAACCAUUAUCAUUAUCAAAUACAAUUAUGGAAAUGAAUGAUACAUUAAUUCAAUCAAUAGCUCGAAAGAGUAAACGAACAUUAGAUACAGUUAAUGAACAAUUUAUUCUUCGAGAUACUAAUCGUCGACAGAAAAUAGCAACUGGUGAAGCACUUUUUGGCAAUAAUGAUAUUUCUGCUAAGAAAGCUCGAUUAGAAGAUAAUAAUGAAGAAUUUACAACUGAUUCAACAUCGUUUGAAGCUCAAGCAGCUGCAAAAAAGAAAGCAGCAAUAAAAACUGUUGGUACAGUAACACCCGUUGAAGAUUUUAAGAUUUUAAUUGAACAAGGUUCACCAUCAUUGACUGAUGUAUGUAAACAAAUGUGUACACUUAUAUUUGAUCUCAUUAAUAAUUCACAUGGAGAUUCAUUGUUUGAAAAAGCAUUACAAUGUAUUCAAUGUCUACGUGAAAUAUGUAUUGAUAAAUUAGAACCUAAAAUUUUCAAUGAUUUCGAAGUUGUACUCAAAGCUCAUUCAUCAGAUAUUGAUGGAAGAAAAGAUUUUUGGAAGAAAAUAGUCGAUGAAAAAAUUAGUUUAAUAACCAGUGAAGAAUGUAUUGAAUCAAAUGUAAUACCUAUUGAAGCAAAGAAAUUUCUUGAAGAAGAAACAGCAAUUCAAGCACUUAAUAAUGCACCAAUAAAUAAUGAACAAGAUGAUGAAGAAGAAGAUCUUUUUGAUCUUAUCUAA